AUGGCACCAGUAGUAUGUCCAUACAUGGUCUACAUGAGAUUCAAGCCACAUCUUCUCAUGGUUUUGACACAGAUCGGCUAUACGUUUCUCUACUUUAUAACCGCUGCAUCCUUCGAUCACGGGAUGAGCCCUCAUGUCUUUGUAACCUAUAGACAUAUAGUAGGUGGCUUAGUGAUGUUUCCAUUUGCCUAUUUUCUUGAAAGAAAAGUAAGGCCAAAGUUGACACUAGCAUUGUUUCUGGAGAUAUUUGUACUUUCUCUGCUAGGGGUUAGCUUAACCCUUAAUAUAUAUUUUGCAAGCUUGAAGUACACUUCUCCGACCUUUGUCACAUCAAUUGCUAACACCGUUCCAUCCCUGACUUUUCUAAUUGCUGUCAUACUCAGGCUGGAGGCUGUAGACGUUAUGAGUCCCCAUGGAAUAGCUAAAGUCUUCGGAACCUUACUAUCUUUGGCUGGGGUCAUGACCAUGACCUUGUACAGAGGACCUGCUGUGCAAAGCUUCCCAGGCGCUUCAGUACACAUCAGAAGUGAUUCUGUUCACAAAAACUGGACGAAAGGAUCGAUCCUAAUUGUUGCGAGUUGUGUAUCGUGGUCCAUAUGGUUCAUAAUGCAGGGAAUCACAUUGAAGAAAUAUCCUGCACAAUUGUCUCUAACAACAUGGAUAAAUUGUAUUGGGGCAGCACAAUCGGCUGUUUUCACAGUAAUUAUAGAACACAAACGGGCAGCUUGGAGCAUUUCGUACAACAAUGAGUUCUGGUCUAUCCUAUAUGCUGGAAUUGUAUGCUCAGGUAUCACAAUCUUCGUACAACUGUGGUGCAUAAAACAAAAAGGACCUGUUUUUGUGACCAUGUUCAGUCCCCUUGCAACAUCAUUGGUGGCAGUUAUGGCGUACUUCAUUCUUGGCGAAACACUGCACGUUGGCAGAAUACUUGGAGCAGUCAUUAUCAUCAUUGGACUAUACUUGGUUUUAUGGGGCAAAGAUAUAGAUGAAAAUCAUAGCAGGCCCCAAGAUCAAGCUAUAUUGACUAGUGAUGAGCUGAAGAAACCCAAGAUACAAAUGGAACCUUCAUCAGAAUCAAAGAACGGACCUUGA